AUGAAACCUCUCAAUGGUCCUCAUUCAUCAAAGAAUAUUAUUCGUAAAGAUGAUCAAAACAGUAAUCAACAUAAUCAAGAUAAAAAUGCAAAACAAACGCGAAGCGCGUCAAUAGUAUCCUUGAUAGAUAAUCAAAAACCAAAAAACAGGACAAGCAAAUAUCGACUGUCAUUAGCACCAACUACUGAAGAAAGGUCUGAAGGUCUGAAAUUUUGGAAAGGAUACAAUUUUAAAUCGGAUAAUGAUGAUCAACUAUCAACGUCCGAAGAGUUGGAAACUGAACACCAAAACAAUGAUCAUCAAGCUGCAGAGUGUAUUUCACAAUUGAAGCUCGACGAGAAUCAUACUAAUCAAGAUCUACAAACAAACAAAGCCAGUAGCUUCUGCCAGAACGAGCAAACAGAAGACGAUAUCAAUCUAACAGUCGAAGAACAGCUAACUUUACCAGAAGAUCCGAACCGAAAACAUAUGUCUUUGGAAGAGAAGCUUGCAGACAACCAUGAAUUAGAUAUACUUGGCAUCAUGAAUCUAUCUUCGAUGAAUGUAACUGAUAAUGAUAUGCCAUUGAUCAUACAACGAGCUUUUUCUCAGAAUAAAACAAAAUGUAUUGGACUCAUCUUGCGUGAUAAUGCUCUCACAUCGAUCGGUGUGAAAAUACUUGUCGAUGCAUUACUUGCAACACGAACAAAGUUAAAAUAUCUCAGUUUCUCGAAUAAUCCUGAGAUAGGAGAUGAGGGAAUUGAAUAUUUGGCUAAUUUAUUACAAAAAAGUCGAUCAAUAACUUUUCUGGCUAUACCAAAUACGGGUAUCACAGAUCGUGGUAUUCGAUUACUAGCUGAUAUACUUUGUGGUGUUGAUGCUGAUUCAACUUGUCCACCUCUUGAAAAACUUCAUAUCUCAUUCAAUAAGUCAAUUACUGACGAAUCAAUGGAACCUCUUAUUCAAAUAAUUGAACAAAAUCAAACACUCAAAUUACUUUCUUUGCAACACUGCAGUUUAUCUGACAAUGUUCGACGAAAAUUAAAACAAGCGAGUACAAAAAAGAAGAAGAAGAAAAAGUUUACUCUGAAAGAUUGA